AUGGCCGCGACCAAAGACAAUGGCCUUGUAGACCUCGACGAUAUCCAGCCUCUGGACAGCAGGGGCAUGAAGAAGCCAUCUCGGGUGCUUCAGCCUCCCGAGAUGAUCCGCAGCAUGGGCGCGCAGCAGCGCAGCGCUCUGGAGAAGAAGCUGAUACGAAAGAUUGACUUUCGACUGCUUCCUAUGAUCUUGAUGAUGUAUAUCCUGAAUUACAUCGACCGUACCAAUAUCGCGCUGGCGAGGCUCGCCGGCCUUGAGGAGGAUCUGAAGCUGGAUCAGAAUGGGAGCCAGUUCGAGACCGCAGUCAGCAUCCUGUUUGUGGGAUACAUUCUGAUGCAGGUUCCGUCCAACUUGAUCCUCAACAAGACGGGCAAGCCCGGAAAAUACCUUCCAGCUUGCAUGAUUGUUUGGGGUGUCAUUUCAGGGGCCACGGCAGGAUGUCACUCGUAUGGAGGUCUGCUCGUAGGGCGCUUCUUCCUUGGCUUCGUCGAGGCGGCAUACUUUCCGGGAUGCCUCUACUAUUUGAGUUGCUGGUACACACGGAGCGAACUUAGUCUUCGCACAGCGUACCUUUUUGUCGGGGCCUUGCUGGGCGGUGCCUUCUCCGGGCUCAUCGCUGCCGGCAUCACGAACAACAUGGACGGCACCAGUGGCCUUCGCGCGUGGCGUUGGCUCUUCCUGGUCGAGGGCGUCGCCACCGUGGCCGUUGCGUUUGCCGCCUUCUUCGUCCUGCCCGACUUUCCACGAACAACGGGGUGGCUGAACGAGCAGGAGGCGGCCUUGGCGGCGUGGCGGCUUGAGGAAGACAUUGGGCAAGACGACUGGAUCAAUGCCGAGGACCAGACUUUGUGGCACGGCUUCAAGCUGGCCCUGGAGGAUGUGAAGACGUGGAUUCUGCUCGUCCUCCUCUUUGGCCAAAUCUCGGCCAACUCGGUCACCAACUUUUUCCCCACGGUUGUGGCCACCCUCCACUACGGACCGGUGCCAACCCUGCUGCUGACGGUGCCGCCGUACGUGCUCGGUCUCAUCACGACGCUCGCGAAUGCGUGGCACGCCGACAAGACCGGGGAGCGGUUCUACCACAUCACGCUGCCACUUGGCGUGGGCAUCGCCGCCUUCAUCGUCGCUGCUGCCACGACAAACACGGCAGCUCGCUAUGUGAGCAUGAUGCUCAUGAUCCCAGGGCUUUACAGCGGCUUCACCACGGCGGUGGCCUGGGUCAGCAACACGAUGCCGCGACCACCUGCGAAGCGGGCGGCGGCCUUGGCCGUCAUCAAUGCGGUUGGCAACGGCUCCUCGAUAUACACCAGCUUCCUGUAUCCAGCAUCGGCAAAGCCGCGGUACAUCGGGGCGUUUAUCCACAACAGCAUGCUGGCGGCCAUGGCAAUCGCAGCGGCAUUUGUGCUCAAGGUUUUGCUGUUGAGAUUGAACAGAAAGCUCGAUAGAGGAGAGACGGUCAAAGGGGCGAUCAACGCAGCGCCUGGCGAGGCUGUGGAGCGCGGGUUCAGAUUCCUCGUCUGA